AUGUUUGAGCAACAGCGACACGUGGACCAGCAGGAAAUCCCCGAGUCAUGUCGGCGGUUGCGAACUUUCAGCACAAUGGAGUUAUCUAAUGAGAGAAAUGACUCUGUCACGGUUGCGUACUGUGGAGGACCAAUAAACGCUAUUCGAGUAGCUCCGAAUGCAAUGCCAAGUGGUGAAGAAGUCGUGACUGUCGUCACGUAUCCUUGCGAGACAACUUUGGUAGGGAAGGAUAUGAGGAGAGCAGACACUCUCGUUCAGUUUUGGUUGCAUAGCAGUAAUGAGCAAGGCUCAAACAGUAUCGUACCAUGGUUUAUAUUAAAAUCCAACUACGGUCUCGCGUUCGACGUAUGCUGGUUGGAUAGGCCGCGAUUGUCUCCUGACGACACAUUGUUAGGCUAUUUUGCAGUGAGUACUGCGCAAGGCGUAGUGCUUAUCUAUAGGAUAGAUACAAACACUGUCCCAUCAAAGUCUUCCCGUUCGCAAGGUGUUCCAGUAGUCAGCCCAGAACCUGGCCUUAUCCUAAGGCAGCCGAAGAAUGUAUUCCUGGAUAAACCUGAAGAUGAGAAUUCCGAGCAGCCGUUCUCUCCACCCGUAUUUGCUCUCACAUGGAGCGCAAAGUGCAGUGCACAAUAUAUUGUUGGUGUGAAUGCGGCAGGUGGUGCCGUCAUCUGGGAUCUACAACGUUCUAUUGAUACCCCGCAAGUUCUUCUCGAUUCUACAUGGUCAUCACCAGUGACAGCAGCUUCAUUCAUUGGCACAUAUGAUGUGGCUCUGGCAUUUCGUGAGCGCCUAGUUCGGGUAUACGAUGUCCGUUCGUACGAAUGCUCACUGGAGGAAAACGCCGUACGCACUGCAGGUGAAAUAAUAUUUUUAAAGUUCAGAUUGUAG